AUGAAGACCUGCUACUAUGUGUUAUUAGAUGUCGAUAACAAUGCUUCAGAUGCAGAGUUGAAAAAGGCUUACCGUAAAAAGGCAUUACAAUAUCACCCUGACAAAAAUCCAGAUCGUGUUGAAGAAGCCACAGAUAUAUUUGCCUCAAUAAGAGCUGCUUAUGAGGUUUUGUCUGAUCCACAAGAAAGGGCUUGGUAUGAUUCUCAUAGAGAGCAAAUAUUGAGUGAUAGUCCCAUCGGUACCGCAGAUGAUAAUUACGAAGAAUAUGAAGUGGAUUCGUCGGUUACUGGUAUUACUACAGAGGAGCUGCUGAUUUUCUUUAACUCUUCGUUAUAUACCAAAAUAGAUAACUCACCUGCUGGGCUAUAUCAAAUUGCAGGUAAAAUAUUUGCUAAAUUAGCUAAGGAUGAAGUAUUGAAUGGCAGACGACUGGGUCUGGAUAAAUUUUCAAAAUAUGAGGAUGAUCAUUUUGAAGGUGAUAUAUCCAAAACAGGGUACUUAAGAAGUGUUGAUAAUCGUGGAUUUAACCUAACAAAUGAAAAGUAUAUCUUCCCAAUGUUUGGGUACUCGACUACAAAUUAUGAAUAUCUUAAAAUUUUCUACAAAAAAUGGGCAAGUUUCAAUACUUUGAAGAGUUUUAGUUGGAAAGAUGAAUUUAUGUACUCCAGAAGCUAUGAUAGACGAACUAAAAGAGAAAUUAAUAAAAGAAAUGAAAAAUCAAGAAUGCAGGCGAGAAAUGAAUAUAACAAAACUGUUAAACGUUUUGUUACUUUCAUUAAGAAGCUAGACAAAAGGAUGAAAAUAGGUGCGAAAUUAGAACAAGAGGCCAAGAAAAAUUCUGCACAACAAAAUAAAGAAAAAAUGAAAAGUAAUAAUUUCAGUAAUUCUUUGAAUACUAACGUUCCAGAAUUCCAGCCCCAAAGUUGGCAAUCCGUAGACGAACCUGAUUGGGACAAAGUUCAACAGAGUUAUGAAAAAGAAUUGAACGCGGAAUAUAAUAAUGGUAAUGAUCUGGAUGAUGAAGAUGAAUUUAAAAGUUACCAGCAUGCGAAAAAUGUUCCUCAAACUAAUGUCGAUAAAAAGGAGGAGGAUGGUGAUGAGGAAGUGGAAGAAGUGCUUGUAUAUGAAUGUUUUAUAUGUAAUAAAACAUUUAAAUCAGAGAAGCAAUUAGAGAAUCACACAGAGACGAAGGUUCAUAAGAAAAAUGUUAGAAAAAUUCAAUGGGAGAUGAAGAAGGAGAGUUUAGCACUCGGUCUUGAUGGAGUUUCUGAUUUCGAUGAUUUCGAUUCUGCAGAAAGUGAGAUUGAUGAUGAUCUUGAAAAUUCAAAACCUGAUGGGGCUAAGGAGCAUGUAUUUGAAGCGAUCAAUAUUGAAGCAUUGAAUGAUGAAAUUGCCGAUCUUGAAAGACAAUUAGCUAACCAUGAUUUGUUAGAUGGCAAUGACUCUGACGAACUGAAUGAAUUGGAUAUAAUUAUAGAAGAUGUUUAUGAGCCAGUAAUUAAUGAUGUGAAACUACUGUCUGAUUCAGAGGAUUCUGAUACUGAAUCUGAAGAGACCGAAAGUAUUGAUGAUGGUAUCGAUAUACGGAAUGAAGAACUAGAAAAGUUACUCGCUUCUCUGAAUGGAGAAACUCUUGGAUCCGAUGUCAAAGAUAGUGAGAGUGACGAUAACGAUUGGAGUACAAAUAAUAAGAAAAGGACAAAGGGUAAAAGCAAAAACAAUAACAAGGCAAAAUCCAAGAAAUCUGGAUCAAAUUCAAAGGAGUCCACUCCAUCAGUUUCGAAGUUUGCAGAUGAGGCUAUUGAUCCCGAAACCAUAGUCGAUUGUGCCACGUGUGGCGCAUCAUUUGAUAGUCGUAAUAAAUUAUUCAUGCAUGUGAAGCAAUCUGGACAUGCAGCCCCACCAAGUAAAAUCAAGACGAACGUAAAAGUAUCCCAGAAGAGGAAGAAAAAGAACAAAAAUUAG